ACUUGGCUGGUGGGGCGGUUCUCUUUCAAUCGUCCUUUUGUACAGAGUCAGUCACGAAAUGGUUUUGUCUGCCUCCGUCCUUCUUACUAUUUGGAACUCCCCAGACACGGGGUAAAAAACAUGAACACUUUCCCCUGACAAAUGCACAGGUGUAAAGUCUUACACACACCUGGAAAGAAUGGAGACCCCAUCACAGUGGACCCAGUGAAAAAGCCUCAGUAGAGGCCAUCCGCCAAUAGCUUUUUCCAAAGAGACUGGGACAGGUCAGUGGCCAGACCAGACCUGGGUGAAGCUCAGCAUGCCGACAGCCACCACACCAGCCUCGCUCUUCUAGGCUGGACUCUGCGUGGGCAAAGGCUUCUUGACAAGCCCAGCAGGAGCCAAGGGACCUACCUCAUGGAGAGACGCUGGGUGAUGGAGGCAGCCAAUGGCUGUAAGGAUGGCUUGGAUUUCGACCCCAUGAAGGAGUACAUGGUCCUGAACGGUUCCCAAAGGAUAGCUGUUGCCGUGCUGUGCACCUCUCUUGCCCUGCUAAGUGCCCUGGAGAACCUGGCUGUGCUCUGCCUUAUCCUGUCCUCCCACCAGCUCCGCAGGAAGCCCUCAUACCUGUUCAUUAGCAGCUUGGCUGUGGCUGACUUCCUUGCCAGUGUGAUCUUUGCUUGCAACUUUGUGGAAUUCCAUGUCUUCCAUGGCAUGGAUUCCAAGGCUGUCUUCCUACUGAAGAUUGGCAGCGUGACUAUGAACUUCACAGCCUCUGUAGGCAGUCUACUACUGACUGCCAUUGACCGCUACCUCUGUCUGUGCCAUCCACCUACAUACAAAGUCCUACUCACCCGUGGGAGGGCACUGGCAACCCUGGGCAUCAUGUGGGUCCUCUCAGCAUUGGUCUCCUACCUGCCCCUUAUGGGAUGGACUUGCUGUCCCAGUCCCUGCUCUGAGCUAUUCCCACUGAUCCCCAAUGACUAUCUGCUGGGCUGGCUCCUGUUCAUUGCUUCCCUCUUCUCUGGCAUCAUCUACACAUAUGGACAUGUCCUCUGGAAGGCCCAUCAGCAUGUAGCCAGCUUGGCUGAACACCAGGACAGGCAGAUGCCAGGAAUGGUGCGAAUGAGGCUUGAUGUGAGGUUGGCCAAGACCCUGGGGGUGGUGCUGGCCGUGCUUUUCGUAUGCUGGCUCCCGGUACUGGCCCUCAUGGUCUACAGCCUGACCACCACCCUAAGCGACCAGGUCAAGAAGGUCUUUGCCUUCUUCUCCUUGCUCUGCCUUGUCAACUCCAUGAUCAACCCCAUCAUCUAUGCCCUGAGGAGUGGGGAGAUCCGCUCCUCUGCCCACCACUGGCUGGCCCACUGGAGGAAACAUCUGAGGAGACUCGGACUUGAAGGAAACAAAGAAGUCCCAAGGUCCUCAGUCACUGAGACAGAGGCUGAUGUGAAAAUCACCCCAUGGUCAGAUUCCAGAGGACUAAACUGCUCUGAAUGCUGAUGAGUUUUCACAGUUUUAAACAAGCUGAGUCAGAGUCAUUUCACUCUCUGGAGGAGCAGCCUUGACCCUAUUGUCUUACUUGAGCCAGGCCCCAGAGGCUUGGACACUUACCCCCUUUCGCUGAUGACUGAUGGCACUGACCCUGGCAGGUAGCCUGGCCGUGCCUGUUUACAUGCAGACUGUUGGAUAAGCCCUGUGAGGAGUGGCAAAGUGGGCAAGAGGCUUGAGGAGGCUCAGUGCAUGUUCAGGUUAGGAGAACCUCCCCUAACAAGAGGGCUUAGUGCUUGCAUCCUCCAGAGACCAUGGGAGCCAGGUGGAGCCUUCAGGCUCAGCAAUGAGGGACUCAGAGGAUAUCUGAGAAGAUUAAUGGAUUAUUUUCCCGGGAUCUCAAGACGUCAGAUGGGAUGGCUGGCCAACCCUGUUCUUGCUUGAUUGUUGGGACCUCCUUGGUUCUAAGGCUAUAAAAGACCCCACUCUCUGGUCACCCUUUCCUACUGAGGACCAAAACAUUUGAUACAAUGAGGACCAAGGGUGUUGAUCCUACCUCUUUCAUAGGUAAUUGACAAGCCUCUAGUUCAAGGAAUCUUGUUAUUAGGGCAAUGGCCCCACUUGACUCCCUGAUAACCUCCACUCACAGCCACUGUGACCUCCUAGGUUCCUGGGGAAUACAAGGGAGGCUGGGACUGGCUGACACAGAAUUUUCAGAGAAUUUUGUGGCCCCUCUGAAGUCCUUCCACUGGAAGCAGGCAAUGGCUCAGUCUAACUCCAAGAAAAAGGAAGACAUUCACUAAGAUUUUAUAAACCCCCAAAUCGUUCCCGGUUGCCCCUCAGUUCAGUUCCAUUGUCUGUUUGCCAGACAAGGUGCCCACUAUCCAUUCACUCAUGCACCCAUCUCACAAAAACAUACCCGCCUUUGUGCUAAGUCCUGGUUGUGCGCCAUAAAUUAGACAGGUUCUGCCCCUGUCUAAUGAGGUUUACAUUCUACGUUUUGGUGGGAAGACAGCCACUAAAGAAGAUAAUUACUGGUGGUACAAUGAAGGAAAUCAUCAAGGUCAUGUGAUAGGGAUUGAUUGAGGCAACUUUAGGUAGGGUAGACCUACUAUGUGCUCUGGUCAUAAAUGCCAGCUGGUUUUUAUUGAAUCUUUACUAUGUGCCACACACUGGGAUAAGUACUUUCAAAUGAAGUAUUUUACUUAGUCUUCAGAAUUGCCUGACCAAGAGGGUCUUGGUACCUUCAUAUUUUUUUGAUAAGGAAACAUUCAAGAGGCAAAAAUUACUCGCCUGAGAUCACACUGCUGAUAUGUACCCAAAGCUGGAGUUUCCAAAGCCUACCCCUCUUUACCACUAACCUCUUGGCCUAGUUCAGUCAAAUUCUGCUUGAUUAGGAAUAAUACUCAAUUUCUAUAACAUCAGAUUGCUGCAACCUUAACUCAACGUUAUUUCUCAGUAUACUUCAUUUUAUGUCCUGUAUUAAUUUCUUGGGGUUCCUGGCUGCCUCAGUUGGUGGAAUUUAUUAUUUUUUAUCUCAUGGUUGUGAGUUCGAGC